AGUAAAGAGUAAUAUUUAUAAAUUAUAUAUAAAAAACUUCAAAUACGUUUAAUAUAUAUUUUUAAGUAAAUUAAAAUUUCAUUACAUUAAUUAUUUCUAUAUAAGUAUUUUCAAUUAAGGAAUAAAAGAUAGAUGAACAAUUAAAAUAAAACAAGAGUAAACUUGAAAAAAAUAACAAAGGAAUCUAUCAGAAAAUUUGACAGACUGCAACGCCAUUUGCUGUUACACACACGUAGACAAGGUAAAACAGUAACCGAGCUGCUUGCAAUAAAUAGUUACCUAGUUUAUCAAUCUGGAAUUAUCAAAAAUGAAAACAUAUAGUCGGAAGAAAACGGGCGCUCUAGGACCGGACAGUGAAGAAGUUAUCAUAGAUUUGAAUGAAAUCUGCAGACUAUGUAUGAAUAAGGAAGAUGAAUUGAUGCCAAUCUAUACCAACGAAGAUGCCGUACCUCUCACACUUAAAAUUAUGGCUUGUGUGGCCCUUGUGGUUUUCGAAGGAGAUGGCUUACCAGACAAAAUUUGUCGUCCCUGUAAAUAUCAGUUGGAGAAAUCUUAUAAUUUUCGCAAGAAAUGCGAAAACUCAGAUUUAAAGUUAAGACUUCACCUGAGAGAUCUACCUGAAGAUGAAUAUGAGAAAGAAGACUGCAAUAUGCAGACGGAAGAAAAUGACGUUGAAAUGAAUCAGGACGAAGUUCCUGAACAAACCGAAGAAGAACCUAGUACCGAACAAGAUUUAGUAGGGGUUACUAAAGUAGCUUACAUCCAACAGGAACAAGAACCUGAACAGGAUCCAGAAAACAUAACUCUCCCUAAGGAAACUGACGAUUUGGAUAAAGAAAACUGUACUUUGAACACGAAUUUAUUAUUGAAAAAUGAAAACGAUACUUAUACAGAGGAAAUUCAAGAUAAUAUAUAUCAACUUGAGGAAAACGGAGAGAACUAUUUAGAAGAAACUAACAUAGAUGUUAUUACAGAUGCUGUAAAAGCAACUCUAGCCAAUCAAGCAGGAUUAAAUUUGGGAGGUCCAGUACAAAUGAAGCUCAAUCAAUCUGAAGGUAAAUCCACCCAAGUAGAAGUUACAACUGAAGACGGUUCAGUUAUUGUAAUGGAACUACUGACUGAGGAAGUAGCCGAUACUGUUCGACCAAGUUCCUUUGAACAAGAAGUGAAUUCUGAUGGAGAAGCUCGCAUUUUCCAAUGUCCCAACUGCCCUAAAUCCUUCUCAAGAAGGAUACAAUUGAAGAGACACGCCUCAGUUCAUAUGCAACAGAAAGGAUUUAGUUGUGGUAUUUGUGAAAAAUGGUUUCCGUCUAGAUCUGCACUAGUUCGUCAUGAACGAAGCCACACCGGUGAAAGACCAUUCCAAUGCGAAGCAUGUCAAAAGAGCUUCGCACAAAAGGAAAUUCUCUAUAGGCACUUGAUGACCCACACCGGUCAAAAACCAUACACUUGUCCUCAUUGCAAUAAAGGUUUCGCACAGAAAGAACCUUUACGUAUCCACAUGAGGACCCAUAUAGCUACAAACCCGGACGAUUUGGAAUUACAUUAUUGUUCGCUUUGUCCGAAAGUGUUUUGUCACGCUUCCGGACUCAGCAGGCAUCUGAUCACUCAUACUGGUAAAACGUUCAAGUGUCCAGGUUGCGACAAGGCUUUCACGGAUAAAAGUUCAUUGAAAAGACAUUUCGUUCAAACCGGUCACGGUGAUUAGAUUGGGAAUGAAAAAAUUAUAUAAAAUGAUAUUUUGAUUGUCCAGAACGGACGUAUCGUUUUUUUUUUAUUUAUUAAAAUUAAAUGACAACUGAAA